AUGGACCCUGGGCACGAGCCUGAGCUGGAAAUGGGGGACGAACCCACGGGGGAAGCCCCAGGCGGGAUCGGGGUGUUGCUGUCCCCCAUCCCUCUCCUGCUGCUCAAGCGAGCGCCCGUCCCUCUUGUCCUCCCUAAAGGUCUCAGCAACAUCAUCGGGAUCAUAGUCUACAUCUCGGCCAACGCCGGGGACCCGGGGCAGAGCGACUCCAAGAAGAGCUACUCCAACGGCUGGUCCUUCUACUUCGGAGCCCUGUCCUUCAUCAUCGCCGAGAUGGUGGGGGUGAUCGCCGUGCACAUGUACAUCGAGAAGCACCGCCAGAUCCGCGCCAAGUCCCACUCGGAGCUGCUGAAGAAGUCGGCCUUCACCCGCCUCCCCCCCUACAGGUACCGCUUCCGCCGGCGGUCCAGCUCCCGCUCCACCGAGCCCCGGUCCCGGGACAUGUCGCCCAUCAGCAAGGGGUUCAGCACCAUCCCCUCCACCGACAUCUCCAUGUUCACCCUCUCCAGGGAUCCCUCCAAGAUCACCAUGGGGACGCUGCUCAACUCGGAGCGGGACCACGGUUUUUUACAGGUCCAUAACUCCAUCCCCAAAGAGUUCAAGGAGUCUUUGCACAACAACCCGGCCAACAGACGAACCACGCCAGUCUGAGGCGGGCAGGCGCGUCGUGUCAGGCUGCAUGACAUCAUCCUCGUGACGGUGUGACCCGUGAGAUCCCGUUUUUAAGGACA